AUGCUGGGAUUGGUAAGCCGUGCUGCUCGAACUACGAGUAGGACAUCUAUCCUAAAGAUAUGUGGGCCAAAAGUCCCGAGCUUUAGAGCUUUUAGUGGCGCCAAGCUAUUGCUUAACGAACAGAAAAAUGAAAAGAAGCCAAGUUCCAUCCUAACAGAAGAUCUCCUGGCCAGAGCUGGCGUAGAGGUAGAAGACGGGAAAACAGAGGGUGGGAAGUCCGAGGAGGCGAAGACUGGGGACUCUGAGGAGUCUCACGGUCGCGAUGGCGCCGGAAAACGUAGAAGAAAAAGACAAAGUUCAACAGACGUGAAAAGAGAGCGUUACGCUAAUUGGUUCUACAUCGGCUCUUUUGCGGCUCUUUCGGGUGCUGCGGGUUACCUAGCCCGUGACUGGGAAGACGACGAAGCAGAAGAAUUGAAAAAAGAGGCCGCCAACGGCUACACUCCAGAGUUGAUGUACAAAAGGUUGAAAUUGCGUUUCAACUCCAUCUUCUCGUAUUUCCAAGAGCCUCCUUUCCCCGAUCUUCUACCUCCACCACCUCCUGCUCCUUACCAGAGACCCUUGACGCUUGUUUUGAGUCUAGAAGACGUGUUGGUUCACUCGGAAUGGACCAAAGAACACGGCUGGCGGACGGCCAAAAGACCAGGAGUCGACUACUUUUUGGGAUAUUUGUCACAAUACUACGAAAUCGUGCUGUUCGCGUCCAAUUACAUGAUGUAUGCAGACAAAGUUGCUGAGAAACUAGACCCUAUUCACGCUUUUAUCACCUACAAUUUGUUCAAGGAGCACUGUCUUUACAAAGAUGGUGUGCACAUCAAAGAUCUUUCCAAAUUGAAUCGUGACAUUGGUAAAGUCGUCAUUGUUGAUUGUGAUCCAAACUCGUACAAACUACAACCGGAAAAUGCGGUCCCAUUGAAGCCUUGGGAUGGUAAAGCUGAUGAUAGUUUGUUGAAGCUAAUUCCGUUUUUGGAAUAUAUGGCCACUCAGCAGAUGAACGACGUCAGACCUGUUCUAAACAGCUACGCCGACAAGUACCAGAUUCCCGAAGAGUUUGAGCGUCGUGUGGCUGUGCUAAAGGAAAAGUUUUACAAGGAGCAAGCGGCAAAAGCAAACGGCAACUGGGCCUUGAAGGCACUUGGCGCGGGUGCUCUGGGUUCUUCAAAGGCCAAGUUCCCGCUUGAUCUGCUCAGAGAGGAGGGUGAGAAGAACUAUGUUCGCUUCAUGCAGUUGAUCGAGGAAGAGAAAGAAAAGAUCAGACUACAACAGGAGCAGAUGGGUGGUCAGACUUUCACGCUAAAGGAUUACGUCGAGGGCAACUUGCCAUCGCCCGAAGAGCAGAUGCAGAUCCAGCUUCAAAAGCAGAAGGAGUUUGAGACGCAAUACGAACAAAACAAGACAGCUGCUCAGAACAAAUAA